AUGUCACCUGAUAACGGUAAUCCGAAAACUCGAUUUCUACCUUUUUCUCUGGCGAGUUAUCUAUUGUUGGUGACAAUAAUGUGUUUACUCAGCGAUAACGAUAAGUCCAGUAUCAACAUUGGAAUUUCUUUAAGUGACUCCGAUCUUUUUUCACUGAAAAAGCUUAUUAAGCUGAAGGGAAACGAAAAGUAUCAAUUCUUGAAUUUCACAACUCAAUAA